AACACAGUCAAAGGGGAAGCCCAUCGAUUCCGUCUACGUACGAACGAAUAGCAGUCAUUGUCACUGACACCAUCCGCUCUACCACUACACCACAACCACACACCUAUCUCUUACCCGAGCUACUUUACGAUCCACGACAUUUGAGAUGGAUACCGACUACUGCAUGGUCUGCGGAAAGCACACUCUCGGAAGCGUCUACUGCUCCCAAUCCUGCCGCCUCUCCGAACUGGAAGCAUCAAUACUCCCAACCUCCCUCUCUACAUCCAACACCCCCGCCCUCUCCACUGCCUCCUCCGCCCCUUCGACUCCCUCAUCGAGUCCUCAGGUCAUCCCGCAUACACACAACCUACUAUCACCUUCCGCAUUCAGCCUGAGUUCUUCGCCUCCGAGGACUUCGCUGAAUAAUUACCAGGCUUACGAUGUGUUCGCUGCACCGGCUCUUGACCCCUUUGCGAAGGGAAGAAGACGGAGUACGGAGGAGACUGAGAAGCUUGGACGGAGUGCUGAGUGGAUGAUGAGGCAAUGGAGCAACGAGUUCCGGAAGAGCAAGAGAGGUCCCAUCAUCGGAAGGACAUAAACGAAAAAAAGUCGUUCCAUUACGACAAACACAAAAAACCACAAAACGAAAAGCCAAAAAAAGGCGACGACGACGAUAGGGCCAAGCAGGGCAACACAAAACAAUCCUACAC